CUCCGUCGUUACGUUCUCUAUCCAGAACAAGGUCGUCGUAGCAGCAGCUAGCCGCAGAGAUGAUGUCCCUUGCUGCCCGGUCGGGGGCUUUUUCCCCCUACAUGCAGGCCACAGCCUUCACGGUGGCCGGUCCUCUGAAGGCGCUGGUCCCGGGGGUCGUGGUGAAAGGAGAGAAGAUUUUAUUAGACACUAAAAAGAAGUUCCUGUGCCGGGAAACCCUGACGGGGCAGAGCGCUAGAACAGGCCCCGCUGUGACGGUUAGCAUCAACGGCGCCGCAGGCGUGCGGUUUGCUCACACGGACAUCAGAGUCCCAGACUUUUCAGACUACAGGCGCCCUGAAGUCAUGGACCCUCACAAGUCCUCCAGAGACAGCGGCGACUCCAGGAAGGCCUUCUCCUACCUGAUAACCGGAGCCACCACCGUGGUGAGCGUGUACGCCGCCAAGACGGUGGUCACACAGUUCGUGUCAUCCAUGAGCGCCUCGGCCGACGUCCUGGCUCUGUCCAAGAUCGAGAUCAAGCUCGGGGACAUCCCUGAGGGUAAGAACAUGACCUUCAAGUGGAGGGGCAAACCGCUGUUUGUCCGCCACCGUACCGAGAAGGAGAUCGCCACCGAGGCCGCCGUUAACAUCGCGGAGCUGCGAGACCCUCAGCACGACAAGGACCGCGUGAUCAACCCCAGCUGGGUCAUCGUUCUGGGCGUGUGCACACAUCUGGGCUGCGUACCGAUCGCCAACGCUGGAGAAUACGGCGGAUACUACUGCCCCUGCCACGGCUCGCACUACGACGCCUCAGGACGCAUCAGGAAAGGCCCCGCCCCCCUCAACCUGGAGGUCCCUUACUACGAGUUCCCAGAUGAUGACACGGUGGUCGUGGGCUAAAGACUGUCCUCAGACUCUGAUGGUUCUCAGCAUGUUGAUGUAAGAGCGAGGGAGGCGUGUCUCUCUGUGAGGGGCGUGGCCAGUUGUGAUAAUGAUGGCAGCAGGUAGAAAUGUUUUUAUCCACAGCAUCUCAGACACAUGACCGCCACUCUGCCGAUGAUCACGUGAUGUAUUAUAUGUUAAAAGAAGCAGCAGUCUUUGUUUCUCUGAUGUAAACGCCACUCCUUAAGUUAAUCUGCCUGGUAACAGAUGACCUGCUGUGGUCAUGACUGGUUAAUAAAGAUUUCUAUUUUAUUUCAACAACUCCA